UGAUCGCCGUGAUGGAGGCCUCCGUGGGGACGUUCGGCGGCGUCGCCUUCCUACAGAGCCUGUUGGGCGUGCAGGGGCCGUGGUUCGUCGGCGGCAUCCUGGGCCUCGUGCCCAUCAUCUGGGGCGUUGUCAUCAUCCUCAGGUUCAUUGCGUUUUGCAUCCUGAGUCAGCGAUUGUGCAAAAGUCAUUCCAGGAUAUUGGACACGUUUUAUGGGUACCAGUCGCAAAAUCCCUCCAUUCCUAACAGGACGAAAGGAGAGGUGCAGAUACAGAUACUGGAUCAAAAUAGUACCUGGGUACAGUUACAGGUACUUGAUUGA